AUGUUUAAACCCUUCUCCAAAAAGAAACAACAAAACAAUAACUCAGAAACUUCAUUCGAAGAAGAUGUGGAAGUCGAUAACACUGUUCUCGAGGACAAAGAAAUUGUAAACCAACUAAAGGAAAAUAACUAUACAUAUGAGCUUAGGGAUGACUCUGAUCUUGAUCUUCACAAAAAGGAAGAAGAAGAUUCUGAGGAUUACCAGACUAGCUCUGGUUCAUCAUCCGAUACUACAUCGUUAAAAAGCUCAAAAUGGCAAAACCCAACCUACUUUAACUCAAAUACAAAAGAAUAUAUUUUUAUUAUGUCUUGUAUGUUAGCCAAUUUACUGAAUCAAGCUGGUCAAACACAAGUUUUGUCCACUAUGAAUGUCAUUUCUGAUGCCUUUAAUUCAGACGACAAAAAGAAACCGUGGCUGAUGGCUUCAUUUCCUUUAGUAUCCGGGUCAUUUAUCUUGGUCGGUGGGAGACUUGGUGAUAUUUAUGGUCUUAGAAAGGUGCUGAUAUGGGGUUGUAUCAUAAUGACUAUAUGGUCAUUGAUUUGUGGUUUCGCUGAUUAUUCUGGAAGUGACGCAUUUUUUAUUGUUUGCAGAUCAUUCCAGGGUUUAGGUAUUUCCUUAGUUUUACCUAACAUUAUGGGUUUAGUAGGAAAUAUUUACAAAGUUGGUUCUUUAAGAAAAAAUAUUGUUAUCAGUUUAAUUGGUUGUAUGGCACCUGUAGGAGCAACAUUUGGUGGUUUAUGGGGUGGUCUGAUUGUAUAUGAAGAUCCUAAACAAUGGCCUUGGAUUUUCUAUGCUUACGGUAUCGCAUCCUUUUUAAACCUACUGAUGAUUUUAUACACAGUUCCAAAAAAUAUUCCUACAAACGUCAACGGUUUCAAGAUGGAUUGGAUCGGUUCAGUGAUUGGUGUCCUAGGUUUGAUCAUUUUUAAUUUUGUUUGGAACCAAGGCCCAAUCGAUGGAUGGCAAAAAGCUUACAUCAUUGUUUUACUAAUUAUCUCAACUUUAUUACUUGUCGCUUUCUUUAUAUAUGAAAUAAAAUGGGCUGAACAUCCUUUACUACCACCUGCUGUUACAAAGAAUCGUCACAUUAUAACAAUUCUUAUCUCAUUAUUCUUUGGUUGGGGUUCAUUUGGUAUUUGGACAUUUUAUUACUAUUCAUUCAAUCUAAAUUUGAGACACUUUAGUCCAUUAUGGGCAGGUAGUACACAUUUUAUCUUUAUUAUCUUCGGUACACUUGCUGCCUUUUUCGUUGCAUUUUUUAUGAAGAAGAUUGGUCCAUCCAUUGUUUUUUGUUUGUCAUCAAUUGGGUUCACUUGUGGUUGUAUAAUUUUUAGUGUCACUCCACCUAGCCAAACAUAUUGGAGAAAUAGUCUAGGGAUGCAAAUUGUGCUAGCUAUGGGUAUGGAUUUCUCCUUUCCAGGUUCUUCUAUCAUUUUAAGUGAUGAGCUUCCAAUGGAAUACCAAGGUAUGGCUGGGUCCCUUGUCAAUACAAUCGUUAACUAUGCGACAUCGCUAUUCUUAGGUAUGGGUACCACCGUAGAAGCACAGAUAAAUAAGAGUGGAACCAACACAUUGGGUGGAUAUAGAUCUGCUUUAUACUUAGGUAUUGGUCUAGGUGGCAUUGGUUUCCUAUUUUCCUUUUCAUAUAUGGCUGAAGAUCUAUGGAAGAAGCAUAGAUUAAGAAUGAAAAAGAGAGCAGAGUUAGAAAAUGAUUUAAGUUAA